AUGGUGACUGGAGUGACGGUGGAGCUCGUUGAAUUCCCGGCAGUGUUGACUUCUCCGGCCACCACCAAGUCUUAUUUCCUCGGCGGCGCAGGGGUUCGAGGUUUAGACAUUGAUGGAGAAUUUGUGAAGUUCACUGGAAUAGGAGUUUAUUUGGAAGAGAAAGCUGUAGCAUCACUCAUUCCUAAGUGGAAGGGAAAGACUUCAGCUGAACUUAUAGAAUCCCUUGAUUUCUACAGAGAUAUCAUCAAAGGUCCCUUUGAGAAACUGAUUCGAAGUAUAAAGGUGAGAACACUAUCAGGUCCUGAAUAUGUGAGAAAAGUGUCAGAAAAUUGCAUAGCCCAUAUAAAAUCUGAUGGAUUAUAUGGUGAUGAAGAAGAAAAAGCCAUUCAAGAAUUAAGAGAAGCUUUCAAAGAUCAAAAUUUUCCACCAGGAUCCGCUGCUUUUUACAGACAAUCACCAAAUGGAACAUUAGCGCUUAGUUUCUCCAAAGAUGAGACAAUACCUGAACAUGAGCAUACAGUUAUUCACAAUAAGCCGGUUUCGGAGGCAGUGUUGGAGACCAUGAUCGGCGAAAUUCCAGUUUCGCCUGCGUUGAAAGAGAGUUUGGCUACAAGAUUGUAUGAGUUAAUGAAGAAUGACAACUUCAAAAUUGGAAACUGA